AUGGGAUUCGAGCUGAGGGAUGUAAUGUUUGCGUAUCCCGGUGAUCCAGGCAAACUAGCCCUUCGUGGUGUCAGCAUCACUAUUCGACCGGGACAGCUUGUUGUUGUCGUUGGUGCUAACGGAAGCGGUAAAAGCACCCUCAUCAAACUCCUCACCCGCAUCUACGACCCAAUUUCCGGCGCAAUUCUCCUCGAUGGCGAGCGAUUAUCCUCUUACCGCCAACACACCCUCCACCAGGCGACCGCUGUCCUCUCCCAAGGCCACCACCUCUUCCCGCUCUCAAUGGGCGAGAACAUCGGGCUCGGAUGCGUCGAGCGUAUGCAUGAUGAGCGAGCGGUGCAUGCUGCAGCGCAGGCUGGGGGCGCGAGUGGCUGCAUUGCGAAGUUGCGCGACGGGCUGGAUACAAUACUAGAUCCGGAUACGAGAGCAUCUGGAAACAACCUACUGGGCAAGGAGGGCGAGGCGUUGAGGAAGAGGCUGGACGCGUUGGACAAGCCGGUGGAGGUGUCGGGCGGAGAGACGCAGCGGAUCGUCGCCGCCCGGACCUUCAUGCGCUUCAACUCGGGCAAAGUGCGCGCCGUGCUCGUCGACGAGCCCAGCUCGGCGCUCGAUCCCGAAGGCGAGCUAGCGCUGUUCGACAACCUGCGCGCGGAGCGUGAGGGCAAGACCAUGAUCUUUGUGACCCAUCGUUUUGGGCAUUUGACGAAGUAUGCGGAUUUGAUAAUAUGCAUGAAGGAAGGGCAGAUAGUUGAGCAUGGGGUACUUAACGAGCUCGUAGACCUAGAUGGAGAGUACAAGAAGCUGUAUGAUAUCCAAGCGAGCGCUUUCGUCACCACGUAG